CCGGCUCGCGCCGGCUUAGGCCUAAGCCCGCCCCCACUCCGCCCCGCCCCCCAGUGGCCGGGGUGCUGGAGGUGCUCCGUCGCGACCCUCUGUACCCCUGCGAACAUGGCGCUGCGAGCGGCUCGGACUCUGCGGGCUGCAGUCUCCAACCUACGCGCCGUCUCUGCGCCCGCAGCGCCCUGCCUGCCGCGGCCUUGGGGGCUGCAGGCGGGCGCCAUCCGGUUGCUGCGCACCAGCCCUGCUCUGCUCUCGGUGCGAAAAUUCACAGACAAACAUGAAUGGAUAACAACAGAAAACGGCAUUGGAACAGUAGGAAUCAGCAAUUUUGCACAGGAAGCUUUGGGAGAUGUUGUUUACUGUAGUCUGCCCGAAGUUGGGACAAAAUUGAACAAACAAGAAGAGUUCGGUGCUUUGGAAAGUGUGAAAGCUGCUAGUGAACUCUAUUCUCCUCUAUCAGGAGAAGUAACUGCAAUUAAUGAAGCUCUAGCAGAAAAUCCAGGACUUGUCAACAAAUCUUGUUAUGAAGAUGGUUGGCUGAUCAAGAUGACACUCAGUAACCCUUCAGAACUGGAUGAACUAAUGAGUGAAGAAGCAUAUGAGAAAUACAUAAAAUCUAUUGAGGAGUGAAAAGUGGAACCCCUAAAUAAACUAGUUUGAAACAACUUAA